UUGCCCCCUCCGUCCCCUUCGUUCUCUCCCCCUUUUUUCCUGCUCCUGUGCCUGCAUUGGGUAGCGAUGGGGUCCACCUCUCCCUCAGGCCUGGAGCUCACCAUGGCUGUCCCCGGCCUCAGCUCCUCCUCUGGCUCAGAGGGCGGGUUCGGAUGCAACGCCGGCAGCGGGAGCGGGAACGGGAACGCCGCCAUGAGGGACCUGGACAUGAACCAGCCGGCCAGCGGCGGCGAGGAGGAGGAGUUCCCGAUGGGCAGCGUGGAGGAGGACGAGGAGGAGCGGGGCGCCGGGGCCGGCGGGCCGCACCGCCCCAAGAAGCUCCGGCUCUCCAAGGAGCAGUCCCGCCUCCUGGAGGAGAGCUUCCGCCUCAACCACACCCUCACGCCGAAGCAAAAGGAGGCCUUGGCUGUCAAGCUCAAGCUGCGGCCCAGGCAGGUGGAGGUCUGGUUCCAGAACCGCAGGGCUAGGACGAAGCUGAAGCAGACGGAGCUGGAGUGCGAGUACCUGAAGCGGUGCUUCGGCUCGCUGACGGAGGAGAACCGGCGGCUGCAGCGGGAGGUGGAGGAGCUGCGCGCGAUGCGGGUGGCCCCGCCCACCGUGCUCUCCCCGCACACCCGGCAGCCGCUCCCGGCGUCCGCGCUCACCAUGUGCCCGCGCUGCGAGCGCAUCACCGCGGCCACGGGCGCGCCCGCCGCGCGCACCCCCAGACCGGCGGCAGCCGCGGCGAACCCCUUCCACCCGCGCCGCCCCUCCGCGGCGUUUUGA